AGCUGCAGGUCUGCCGGAGACCGGCCGAGGUCGCUCUGCUCUCUCCCCCCUCUCCCCCUCCCACACGCUACAGUAUACAGCAGCUUUUUCCGGUCGGCCAGCCUCAAGUUCCUCUCGAGAACCUCCGGCGUCGGACGCGCAGACCGAGCAGACGUCAGCGGGGGAUCCCGGUUCGAGGAACCCCGGGACGGCUCUCUCGCGGCCCGCGGCCCGCCUCCAGCCCUCGGUUGCAGGGGAAGGGCUCCCGACGGCGGUGCAACGUGCCCAGGGAGGAGGAGUGAGUGCAGGGGGGAAGGGGGUGGGGGGGAGAAGGGUCCGGCGGAUGGGAGAGACACCGCUCCGUGGUCUCCAGUGCGCGCGCGCCUCCCUCUCUCUCUCUCUCUCUCUCUCUCUCCGUCUCUGUCUCUCGCCGUUACGCGUCCUCUCCCUCGCCCGCCUGCCCGCCCGACGCGUCCCCGCAGAAGUCUUCCGAGCGGGAGGGACGCGGAGUCCAGUGAGCGGCAAAGCGAGGAGCGGCAGGAGGACACUCAGAGAAUGGAAACCCGAGGCCAGCGGCGGGGAGGAUUGCGCUGGUGUGCUGCCUGAAGCAUCUGGAAAGGAUAAGCCGAAGAGACCCUCUCUCCCUCUUCUCCCCCACACCCCCUUCCACAGAAACCAGGGGACCACUCAUCCCAUUUCAGGGGUUCCUGCUCCAGAGUGAUAUCUGCUGUCUUUUGGUUGUCCACUUCUAUCUCGUGCCUGCUGUGAUUCGGAAGGACCGUUUCCUCCCGUCCCCGGUGGCGUGGACAUGUUGGACAAUUAGCGCCUUCGCGGAUUAAAGGGAUUUUAACGGACAGGCAUCCUGGCAUCCUCCCACACACCAGUGAUCCUGCGAGGCGUGCGCGUAGCUAUGCAGUGAAGAUGUGUGCAGCCAGGUUCAGCGGCUGCCACAACGGCUGUGCCGAGGGGGCCGCCGGCGGUCCCGCGGGGUCUCCGGGUCCGGCCACAGCAUCCCGGGCGCUGGACUGGACGGAGGCCGGCCCGCGCAUCCUCCACAGCCUCGAGAUGGGGACAGUGAUGACCCUCUUCUACCAGAAGAAGUCCCAGAGGCCCGAGAGGAGAACCUUCCAGAUAAAGCAAGACAUGCGGCAGAUAGUGUGGGGACGAAACCCUGAGAAAGUAGAAGGAGAGGUGGACAUACGAGAGAUCCGGGAGCUGCGGUUGGGGAAAGGCUCCCGUGAUUUUGAGCGCUACCCGGAGGAGGCCCGUAAACUUGACACCGCCCACUGCUUCAUCGUGCUCUACGGCCUGGAGUUUCGCCUCAAGACGCUCAGCGUGGCCGCCUUCAGCGAAGAGGAGGUCAACAUGUGGAUCACUGGGCUCAACUGGCUGAUGAUGGACACUCAGAGAGCUCCCGCACCACAGCAGAUUGACAGGUGGCUGAGGAAGCAGUUUGAAGCCAUGGACCGGACCCACGAGGGCAGCAUCACGGUGAAGGACGUGAAAGGUCUGCUGCCUCAGGUCAACUACAGAGUGCCCAACACGCGCUUCCUCAAAGACAAGCUGCAGGAGGUGGAGGCCAGGAGCGACUUGUCGUACCCCAACUUCUCCCAGCUCUACAGAACGCUGAUGUUCGACGCUCAGAAGACUAUUAUUGAGCAGCUGGAGCUCUCCUUCCCACUGCGGAACGUUGAUCGCCCGGAGCUUUGUCAGAUCUCCCUCUACGACUUCCAGAAGUUUUUACAGAUGGACCAGAAGGAGUCCUGGGCAGCGGACCUGAGUCGCGUCAGAGAGUUCCUCGCGGGGUACACGAGGGGCGGACCGCAGCCGGAGCCCAUGCUGCAACUUGACGAGUUCCUGACGUUCCUGUUCUCUAAAGAGAAUUCUGUGUGUGACCCUCGGCUGUCGCCUGUCGUUGCCGACGACAUGAAAAGGCCGCUGUCUCAGUACUGGAUCUCCUCUUCACACAACACCUACCUGACAGGUGACCAGUUUUCCAGCGAGUCCUCUCUGGAAGCCUACGCCCGCUGCCUCAGGAUGGGCUGCCGCUGCAUCGAACUGGACUGUUGGGACGGACCUGACGACCUGCCGAUCAUCUACCACGGUCACACGUUGACCUCCAAGAUCAAGUUCCUGGACGUGCUGCACACCAUCAAAGAACAAGCCUUCGUCACGUCAGACUACCCCGUGAUCCUGUCCAUCGAGGACCACUGCAGCGUGGUCCAGCAGAGGAACAUGGCCACGCACUUCAAGAAGGUGUUUGGAGAUCUGCUGCUCACCAAGCCGGUCGAUAACAACGCGGAGGAGCUCCCCUCGCCGUACCAGCUACGCAGGAAGAUCCUCAUCAAGCACAAGAAGCUGGUCGAGGGCACGCUGUACGAAGAGGUGUCUUCAGCCAGCUACUCGGAGAACGACAUCAGCGACUCGCUGAAGAACGGCAUCCUUUACCUGGAAGACCCCAUCGACCACACGUGGACGCCGCACUAUUUCGUCCUGACCAGUAAUAAGAUUUACUACUCAGAGGAGACGUCCCACUACCAGACGGCCGAGGAAGAGGAGGAGGAGGACGAAGGAAGAGAGGAGUGUAACAAUAACGAGCAGCACUGUGCGGAGCGCUGGUUCCACGGGAAGCUGGGUGGAGGUCGCGACGGUCGGCAGGUGGCUGAGAAGCUCCUGCAGGAGUACUGCGAGGGCGGGGCCAAAGACGGCACCUUCCUGGUCCGGGAGAGCGAGACGUUUGUCGGAGACUACACCCUUUCGUUCUGGCGCUCCGGCCGCGUCCAGCACUGCAGGAUCCAUUCGCGCCAGGAGUCCGGCUCCACCCGCUUCUACCUGACUGACAACCUGGUGUUCGACAGCCUCUACCGCCUCAUCUGCCACUACAGAGACACGCCUCUGCGCUGCAACGAGUUCGAGAUGAGGCUGGGGGGCCCCGUGCCUCAGCCCAACGCCCACGAGAGCCGAGAGUGGUACCACUCCAGUCUGUCCCGUGUCCAGGCGGAGCACAUGCUGAUGCGCGUCCCCAGGGACGGAGCUUUCCUGGUGCGAAAACGCAGCGAAAACCACUCCUACGCCAUCUCCUUCAGGGCGGAGGGGAAGAUCAAACACUGUCGCAUUCAGCAGGAAGGCCGUCUCUUCAUGUUGGGCAGCUCGGCGGAGUUCGAGAGUCUCGUCGACCUCGUGAGCUACUAUGAGAAACAUCCUCUGUACCGCAAGAUGAGGCUGCGGUACCCCAUCAACGAGGACACGCUGGAUCGCAUGGGCACCGCCGAGCUCGACUACGGGGCUUUGUAUGAGGUCCGCAGCCCUCAUUUCUAUGUGGAGGCCAAUAAGAUGCCCUCAGCACGGUGCACGGUCAAAGCGCUGUACGACUAUCGAGCUCAGAGGGAGGACGAGCUGUGUUUCCCCAAGCAGGCGCUGGUCACCAACGUGGACAAGCAGGAGGGCAGCUGGUGGCGAGGUGACUACGGAGGGAAGAAACAGCUGUGGUUCCCCGCCAACUACGUGGAGGAGGUUCCCAGUUCUCCCACCAGGGAGAUGGAUGACGCAUCCACGGAGAAUAGUCCUCUUGGAACAUUCCUGAAGGGCUUCAUCGACGUGCCCACCUGCCAUGUCGCUUUGUCUCCCUGGGUGUGUCCCGGGGGGCAUAAGGGCGGGAAGAAAUCCCGCCCCCCCGUGUUCCCCCUCCACUCCCCGCAGCUGUCGUCCCCCCCGGGUCAGAACCUGGAUGUGGGGGCCGACAGCGCGGAGGAAGUGACCCGCUGGGUCGGCAAGAUCAGGGCGGCGGCGCAAAAAGCCCACGCGCGGAUGCCGGGAGAGAAGCAAAUGGAGAGGAGGAAGAAGAUCGCGGUGGAGCUGUCGGAGCUCGUGAUCUACUGCAGACCCGUCCCGUUCAACGAGGACAAGAUCGGGACGGAGCGGGCAUGGUACCGGGACAUGUCCUCCUUCCCGGAGACCAAGGCGGAGAAGUUUGCCACCCGCAGCAAAGGGAAACGCUUCCUGCAGUACAAUCGGCGUCAGCUCUCCAGGGUUUACCCCAGAGGGCAGAGGCUGGACUCCUCAAACUACGACCCGCUCUCCAUGUGGCUCUGUGGCUCCCAGCUGGUCGCACUCAACUUCCAGACCCCGGAUAAACCCAUGCAGCUGAACCAGGCCCUGUUCAUGCUGGGAGGGGCCAGUGGCUUCGUCCCACAGCCCGACGUCAUGAGGGACGAGGCCUUCGACCCUUUCGACAAGGACACGUUACGCGUGGAGCCGAUCACCGUCCAGUUGCAGGUGCUGGGAGCCCGUCAUCUCCCUAAAAACGGCCGCAGCAUCGUCUGUCCCUUCGUGGAGGUGGAGAUCUGUGGAGCCGACUACGACGGCUGCAAAUGCAAGACCGACGUCGUCGCUGAUAACGGACUGAAUCCUGUGUGGCUGCAGAAGCAGUUUGUGUUUGACAUCCACAACCCCACCUUCUCCUUUCUGCGGUUCACCGUCUUCGAGGAGGACAUGUUCAGUGACCCCAACUUCCUGGCACAGGCGACCUACCCGGUGCGUCUGCUACGAACAGGCUACAGGAGCAUCCCGCUUAAGAACAGCUACAGCGAAGAGCUGGAGCUGGCAUCGCUUCUGGUCCACGUGGAGAUCGUCAAUGCAAAGGAGGAGGACGAUGAGAACAUGUACAUGACCAUCCAGCGUCUGCGGGAUCGAACCAGCGAGCUGUCCAACCAGGUGUCCCUCCUGGAGAGGUCGGGCUCAGGGGACCUCGGGUACCAGCAGAGUCUGGAGGAGCUCCGAGCAGCUCAGGACCAACUGAGUGAGCUGGUGGAGGCUCGAAACCACAGGCUGAUGGAGAAGAAAAGAAGAGAGAAACUGAGGCAGCAGGUGACAGCAAAGCGCAGCUAAUCCGCCUUCCUACAGUCACAACUGGACUAAAAACCAUAAACUGUGAGACACCAGAGCAAAAAGUGACAAACAGAAGCGUCUCAUGGACAAAAAAUAAAUAAAACCUCACAUAAUGAAGCUAUAAAAGCAAUCAUGGACUUGAUGCUGAAACCCAUUCAGAGUGAAACAGGUUCUGCUGAUGAUUUCAUGAUGACGUACCAGAGUUCUGAUCAUCAUCGGACAGAAAAGUAACCGGCAACCUUUUGGUUUUGCAUCGGACUGUUGAUCUGAACACAAGACAUUUAUUAUGAAGACAUCCAGGAAAUAAUUAACAUUUCAUGAACCAAAUCAAAACACGGAUCAUCAAUGGAAAGUCUUAAUGUGAUGAAUGUCUGCCACGACAACAAAAAGUGCUUUUCUGCUUUAAAACAAAAGAUGAAUUCUGUCAAAGAUGAGACGAGAGCAAUCAAUCAAUGUUGUUGAUUGAUCCCCGUGAUUAUAACACAGCAUUGCACGUGACUAGGGACGUCCCUACUGCACCAAACGGACACUGUUCUAGUGUCUUAAUUAAGGAUAAAAAGAACUGAACUGUUAGUUAUCAAAGUAAUGGUAUCAAAGACCCGUAUAAACCCAAAAGAGGAAGUUUAUAGCUUAUAAAGUUCACUCUUAAUGUGUUUUGGUCUUGAGGGGAAAACUCAGGUAACACAAAUGGAACAAAGGGAGAAAAUAUCACCCAUGUGCCUUUGAUAUCGCUCUUUGGGACAAGGUCAAUUAAAACUUGCACCACCUCUGGAAUAGCGAGUCUCCAACCUCCAACCAACCAGCGGAUUCUGCUCAGAAAGCUGCUCAUGAAAUGGGUUUAAAAAGGGUUUUUAGUUCCACGUGAACUCUGACAGCAGAACCUCUCCACCCGGAGGUCAGAUGUUCCUUUUCCACCUGGGAGAGCGCUAACUGGAUGAGCUGUGAGGAAUAAAUCCUCACCAGAUCGCACCGAGGAGGUCUUUGAACACCUCUUCAAAGGGCUCUGAAUGAACUACCCCCCUCGUAUCAGAUGUUUUCAUCUCAGUCAGAUGAAGAAGGGCUGUGAAUAAAAACGAGUUCCAUCAUCUGGCUCCAAUCAACAGAUGCAAAUCUACUGGAUCUGCAUCAAACCACUUCCACGAUCUACCCGCUGCAUGGCUUCGUAUCUAUUAACGCCCUCCUGCUCCCGUCGCGUGUCACAAUGUAUAGAACUUCUUUUAUUUAUGGAACCAGUGGAGGUCUUGUUUUAAUACAUAAGCUAUGAUAAUGAACUGCACAUUUAUUUCAGUGUGACUUUAUGUAGAAAUGAAGGUUGUGUCCUUUUAAAUGUUACCGUGGACACGAACCCUCGUCCCUCAAUGCCGCGUUCGCUCUAAGCGGGGACUUCUAUGCAAAAGUGCUUUUCUUUGCAUGCUGCCAUUGUAUUUCAGGCUGACGCAAAUUUCCACGUAACUAUGCCAAAUGUCCACUAUAAGGACUUUUAAAAUGCUAUGCAAGUUUCCAUUUAAUAAAGCUCUUUAAUAUCC